AUGAGUGAAAGUGAUAAAAUUUUAUGCGCGUAUUGCAAAACGGGCGCGGUCAAAAAAAUUGCAAGUUGCACUAGCUGUAAAGCAAUUUUUCAUAAGAGUUGUGGAGAACGCUAUGUUUGUUGUUCCAAGAAAAAUACUAAAGGUCACAAUGAAGAUCAAGAAACUGAAGAAGAAUCCAAUGAAGCUAUGUUAUUAAAAAGAAAAAAUAGUGAAUUGGAAAUUAAUAAUAAAGUCUUACAAGAAAAAUUAAUAUUGGUGGAAAAUUUGAAUUCCCAACUUCAAGAACAGAUUAUUAAACUUACCAUGGCUUCCAACAAGGAAAAUUUUAUUACAAGAAGUGAAUUUGAGAAAGAGAUAAACAAUAUAAAGGAUCUUUUAAAAAAAGAUAAAAAUACAGCCAAAGCUGAAAGUAAAACCUUUUCAAAGGCAGUAAGAGAUAAUCUUCCAGCACCGGGGCCCGGAACAAGUGACGAAAAUAAAUUACUACAAUUAGAAGACAAACAACGCAAAAUAAUGUCUGAAGUUAUUAGUCUUACUGCUUCAAAUGAGUCAAACAAUCAGGAUUGGCAAAUUAAAAAAAGUAAAACUAAAAAAGAAGAUAAGAAGAUGACAAAUACGAGAGAAAAGACCAAGCCAAUAAUUGGAAGUUCCAAUAGUAAUUUAUUAACAAGUGUACCAAGGUUAUCUCAUGUGUAUGUUGGAAGGUUACAACCAGAUACAAAAGAGGAGCAAGUAAUUGAAUUUCUCAAACAAUCAUGUCCGGCUGUUUCUAAAGUAAGCUGCGAAAAACUAAAAUCGAAACUACCCGAUGUGUAUUCAUCAUUUAAGAUUUCUAUACAAUCUAAUGUUGUGGAUAAGAUCAAGGACCCUUCAAUCUGGCCAGCUGGAGUAUUAAUUAACACUUUUUUCAUGAAACGUCGAGAGGAACCCCCAAAAUCCUAG